UUCUUUAGAAACCCAUAACAGCGGUGGUUCCGUUAACACCAAAACCCCAAUCUUUCACUCAAUUCUACUCCUUUUCUCCCUCUAGGAGCUCUCACCCCAACAUGAAUACUCUUCAAAUUGGAAUUCCCAAAAUGGGUUUCACAGAAACCACCACCAGAUUUCUUCUCCACAACCCGAACCACCACCUCCCAUGUUCUUCUUCUAUGGUGGUAUCCGUUUCAAGCAGUGGGUUUUCAAGGAAAUCAACAAUUGUGUGUGGAUUGAGAAGUGGACCAAGAAAAUCAUUAUGGAGGUCAAGGGUUUUAUCAUCAGAAGCCAUACAAGCUGUUCAUUCAUUAAAGUUAGCAAGAAAUUCAGAUAAAUUAGAUGAGGUUUUUAGUAAUAGAUUAAGUAGGUUAUUGAAGGAGGAUUUGAUUGCUACUUUGACUGAAUUGCAGAGACAAAAUGAAUUAGAAUUAUCCCUAAAGGUUUUUGGGUUUGUCCGCAAAGAGCUGUGGUACAAACCUGAUUUAUCCUUAUAUUCUGACUUGAUAUACAUGUUUGGUAAAAACAAACUGAUUGAGACAGCUGAAGAACUUUUCUUAGAACUACAGAGAGAAGGUCUGAAGCCUAAUACCAGGACUUACACAGAGAUGAUUGGAGCGUUUAUACAAGUGGACAUGAUAGAGAAAGCAAUGGGGUUAUAUGCCUCAAUGAAGGAAUCUGGCUGUGCUCCAGAUAAGUUAACAUUAACCAUAUUGAUAAGGAACCUUGAGAAAGCUGGUGAAGAAGAACUAGCCUCUACAGUAAAAAAGGAUUGCGAAGAAUAUGUCGAGAACCCAGAGGAAUUCCUUAUAGAAGUGGCAAAAAAUUAUCCAAAGAGAAAAGCAAUUGUGUUAGUCUAAAGACUUUCUGUCACAAGAUAAGAUCCUGAGAAAGUAUGUGUAUAAUUUCCCCAGAAGACCAGUGAAGGUGUGAAUAUUUCUCGAAGAUGAAUAGAAUGACUUAUAUGAAGACAGUCAGACAGAGAAUUCCAUGUGCUGCAGAUGUGCAAGCUUCAAGCUCUCUCUUUUACUUGCAUCUUGUAACAGAUAGGAAGUAGAUCAGUUUAGCAUCUCCGUGUACAUUGUAAAAAGUAGAUUCGUAUAAUUUCUGGGAUCUUGCAUAUCGUUGUUACAGUAAAAAGUAGAUUCGUAAAAAGUAGAAAUUGGUGUAAUCACAUUGUUUUGAUUCUCUCAUUUCCUAAGUUUUUAGUUUCUGUUUC